AUGUGUCCCGGGAACCAGACCUUGGUGGGAGAAUUCAUGCUGAUUGGCUUUCCUCAGAACAUGCAGAUUUGUAUAUUAUUUUUCAUCGUCUUAUUUCUAAUUUAUAUAAUGACCAUUCUGGGAAACAGUCUUCUGAUCUCUGCUGUUUUUAUCAGUCCUAAACUGCACACUACGAUGUACUUCUUUCUCUGCAAUCUGUCAAUUCUAGACUUGUGUUACUCGUCCAUCUCUGUCCCACAAAUAUUACUUGUUGUCCUUUAUAAGAGAAGAACAAUUUCUAUAUUAGGCUGCAUGGUGCAAAUGAACGCCGGGCACUUCCUGAGGAGUACAGAGAGCCUACUGCUGGCAGCAAUGGCGCACGACCGUUACAUUGCUAUAUGCUUCCCUUUGUAUUACACCGUCAUUAUGAACUGGAAGAUGUGUCAGAACAUUGCAGCCGUUGUAUGGUUAGGAGGGUUCUUUACAUCGGUUGUCCCCAAUAUCUCGAAGCCUCUGAUCUUCUGCACUGAAAACAGACUGGAUCAUUUUGCCUGUGAGAUAUUAGCUCUGCUUAAGAUAGCGUGUGGGAACCUUGACUUCAUCACACUAAGACUAUUCAUUGUAAGUCUAUUUAUCCUCUUAGCACCGUUUGUGUUUAUUGUGGUGUCUUACGUUCUCAUUGUUUCAUCCAUAUUAAAGAUUCAGUCAAAUGAUGGGAGAGCCAAAGCUUUUUCCACGUGUGGUUCUCACCUGAUUGUGGUCUCCAUGUUUUAUGGGACAACUAUCACCUUGUACAUGGGACAAACUAAACAUCUAUUCUCCAAGCUGAAAUAUAUCUCUCUUAUAUAUGGUGUUCUAACUCCGGUAUUAAACCCUUUGAUAUACAGCCUAAGGAAUAAUGAAGUGACAAAAGCAUUUGUGAAGAUAUUCAAACAUCUUCAUGUUCUGGGACAAAGUAUUAGAUAA